ACGCGCCUUUGCAACAAACCCUCAUCCCCUUCCGCACGCACGCGCGGAUGAACCUUGCCGCAGCCUUGAGCGAGGCGUCGGGCAGCUCCACGCCGGGAUAGGAACACCGCGAAGCGGCCGCACCGUGGACGAGCAUGACGCUCUGCCACCAUGUCUAAAAACACAGUGAAGAAGCUGCACUGGCGUUCCAAGGUGCAGGAGGGCUUCGUUCCGCUGGGCGGAAGCUCCGGCGAGCUGGGGCUGGCCAUUGGGGGCGGCGCAGACUAUGGCGAGUUUCCCUUUGUGACGGUGGCGCCCGGGGGCGGAGCCACCGUGGGGGACGUCAUCUUGGAGAUUGGCGGCACGCCCGUUCUGGGCAUGACGCUGGGCGACGUCCGGGGCGUCCUCAACUCCUGUCCUCACCCGAUCAGGAUCAAAACCGUUUCACCAGGUGUGUCUCUGUGUAAAGACCUUCGCCUGUACCUCAGUAAGUGUUUCACACCAUCCUCCAUGGACAGCCAGUUGCAGCAGCUCAUCCGAGAGAACCUUUACCUGCGCGCUGUGCCCUGUACGACCCGGCAGCCUCGUGACGGGGAGAUCAGUGGCGUCGACUACAACUUUGUGUCCAUCGAGGAGUUCUUCUCUCUGGAGGAGUCGGGAGCGCUGCUGGAAAGUGGAAAGUUCAAAGGCAACUAUUAUGGAACGCCGCGCCCAGUCCACAUAGGUCCUGACAGUCCACCAAUCACGUACCAGGAACAUCGGAACCUGCUGAGGAACUUCAGGACCAGGAGCAAAUCUCUCAGUAACUUGGAAAAAACUGCAGAAGAAGACAACAGCGAGGAGGACAGUGGCCUGUCUGGAGGGUCCACUGGAGCCCCCCCCGCCACGCUGCCCGUCAACCAAUCCUGGGGUGAGUCUCCGGCAGGGAGUGGCUCUGGUACGGAAAAUGGAGGAAGAGGAGCAGGAAGAGGAAGAGCUCCCAUGGCCGACACGUGGGAGAUGCCGUUCGGCAACGGUGGCGACACCUUCUAUGCCGAUCACAUGUCAAAGACCAGACAAGAUCUUCGAGCUCAAAACAAGGAGACCACUUCCUGUUCAGCAGAACUUCCAGAGUUCACAGAUCAGCCAAGUGAGCUGCAAGGUUUUUCGGUGCACACGUGUCUCUCCAAAGGGCCGCGAGGCUUCGGCUUUAACAUCGUCGGAGGAAGUCGAGCGCGGGAGUUCCUGCAGGUGUACAGCGUCACACCUGGAGGCCCGUCCACCCUCCAUCAAGCUGACAUACUAGUGUACAUCAACGACGCCUGUGUGCUAGGCCGCUCACACAAAGAGGUGGUGGAAAUGCUCAAGUCGGUUCCAAUGGGUCAGAGCGUGGACGUGGUUCUGAGGCGAGGAUACCCGAUGCUCUACAACCCAGACGGCUGUCCCAAACACACACUGGACACGCCGCAGACUCCUCCAGCCAACCACCAGUACAGACCGCUCACCUACAGCCAUGUGCAGGACGCCACCAGCAGUGGGUCAGGACUUUGCCAAGCCUCUCCCUCUUACUCAGUCGAGCCAAUGACCAAUGGGUUGACGGGCCCGCCAACUCCCACUUCCUCUGAACCCCCUGUGGCCCAUCCCCCACCUCCUUCCGAGAGGAUAUCAGCCCAUCACAGCGACUCUGAUGGGGGCACUCGAAGGUCUUUUGGUAUUGGCUACAACAGCAGCACCCUCCCCACCCUCUCCUCCUCCUCCUCCCUCCUCCACCAUCAGAAUUCCAAGUCGUCAGAGAGCGACCUGUCUAUGUCGACCUUCCCCAUCGCGUCCUCGUCUAAACUGUGCGAGUCUUCGCCCCCCGGUGGCCCUGCCCAGCAUCCCCCGAUGCCGCAGAACUGCCUGCCUCCCACGCUGCCCCGGGAGAUCCCACCCUGCGGCUUCAACGGGUGUCCAGCCAGUCACCAAGUGCCCCCUCAGCCCCCACUUGGAAAGACAGGCCUGGCACUCUCUCUGGGUUCAGGGUCCUUCACCACUGGCGAGCUGGUGCCGGUGGCCCUAGAGCGCUGUGGAGGCGGCGGCCUGGGUUUCAGCAUAACAGCGGGAGGGCCGGGAGGUCAGCUGGCCGUGGUGAGGCGGGUAUGGGACCGCAGGCAGUGCCCUUCCUUGCAGUCGGGGGACGUUGUGGUCAAGAUCAACGGUGCCGAUGUGCAGAACCUCAACUUCUCUCAGGUCCAGAAGAUUCUGCAGGAUCACUCAAAACAGGGGAACGUGGUUCUGCUGGUGCACAGACGAGCUCCCGUCUCGGUGCCUCUGGUCACGCCUAACUUGUACAAGCCCCUCACUUCUCCCCAUGGCCUCACAAGCCCACCGUCCAACCCCUCGACUUCCACCGACUUGCCUUUCCCGUCCUCGCGUGCCUUGGUAGGGGGUGUGCCCCCACUCAGCCAGGCUGGCUUGGUGAUGGAGGCCCCCCUGGAGGGGCACCUCCCAACAGCAGGGACCCCUCCUAGCCAGACUCUGAACGCCCCCCCUACCUCAGGCCUCAUCCAGAGCACCAGCUUCCUGGACUCCGUUCCUGUGACCUUGACCUUGGAGCCACAUGACCUACAGGGGGUGGAGGAGAGCGCGGGGGGGCCAAUCACAGGGGCAGUCGCCAAAGACCCAAGAGAGGGGAAGAAGGUGGAGGUGGAGCUGAUGAGGCGGCCUGGCGAAGGCUUCGGAUUUGUCAUUGCAUCUCAAGAAGUCAACCGUGGAACUCCAUCCCAAUCUCUAAUGUCUCAUCGCUUCGUGACGGUGCGCCGUGGCAGUCCAGCGGCCCGCAGCGGCCUCAUCCAGCCCGGAGACCAGCUGGAUGCCGUGGAGGGACGAGGGGUAGCGUCCCUACACCACCGAGAUGUGGCCCAGAUCCUGAGGAGGGCAGGGAAUACACUGAAGCUGAGCGUGAAGCCGCGAACACAGUCGGAAGGAGUUGAUGUGGAAAUUGACAAGCACUUCACCAAGGGAUGCAGAGGAAAGGCAAAGAAUGAGUCUAGGUUCUACAGAGUGGAUCUGGAACGAGGUCCCACGGGUUUUGGUUUCUCUCUGAGGGGGGGCAGUGAGUACAACAUGGGACUGUAUGUGCUGGGACUAAUGGAUGGAGGGCCAGCCCAGUGCAGCAACAAGAUGCAGGUUUCUGACCAGUUGGUGGAGAUCAAUGGCAACAGCACAGCAGGAAUGACGCACAGUCAGGCCGUGGAGCAGAUCCGCAGAGGAGGCCAUCGGAUCCAUUUGGUCCUGAAAAAAGGAAAUGGCUACGUCCCCGAUUACGGCCCUGAAGAAGAAUCCUCUUCGUCCUCCUCUCACAUGGAGGACCAGGAGGCUGAUGCAGUCGCCGUGACGACCACCUCCCACAGCCCACAGAGGAGAAAGCGAGCAGGGGGGGCCAAACCGAGACCAAGACGAGGAGGAGUUGGGCCUCCCGAUCUGGACCUGGACCUUGUGGAAGAGGAGGCAAGGAGGCGAAGGAAGGCGCAAGAGGAGAAGAGGAAAAGGAGGAGGGAGCAGGGUAGGAAGACAAGAGAAGAGACCACGCAGCAGGAGAAGGAUACAAAGCAUUCUGGGAGCUGCGAGGUUGCAAAGCAUUCUGAGAGCUGGCCAGCUCCUCAGCAAGCGGCGUUCUCCUUCCUGAUGCCGCGUGACGAGCCCCUGUCUGACAGCCAAUCCGAUGACAGCAAGUCGGGCGCCAGCGUGGCUUCCGAUUGGAGGAGAGCUGGGCCGAGGCAGGAAGAGGGUCGGGGCUUACCCUGGCUGGAGCCCACCCCGCAGAGACUGACGCAGGUUCUGAUUGGCAGUCGGCUCAGUGGGGGGGACCUAAUGGGUGGACUCGUGCUCUGAUUGGACAAUGGCUGACAAGUUAUGCUUAUUUUUUGGGGCAAUUUUUAAGGGCUUUCUUUUGAAGAGACAGGCCUUUUCCUGCACGUGAUUGGACAACGCGGAUUAUGAUUGGAGGGUGAGGCGCCAUAGAGGCGUAGCCACACAAACGAGUAUGCAAAUAAUAGAACUUAAAACCUGACAAAUCCUGACGUUCAAGCAUGUCAAUCUUUUUAUUUUUAUAACCUGUUAGGACUUUAGUGAGUUAUGAUGAUGAUGAUAAUGAUUAUAGAGUAAUAGAGAAUGAUUGCUUGCUUGUCUUGAAAAAUCCUUUACAACUUCUUCUGAUGAGCCAUAUACGCAUACAGAAUGGUGUCUGUGUGUGUGUCUGUGUGUGCGUGUGUGGGGGUGUGUGUUUGAAUGUAGAUUUUGGGCGUGUGUGUGAGUGUAGAUUGUGUGUAUUUUCUGUGUGUGUCUAUGUGUGUUAGCACAUGUGAAUUGUGUGUGCAUGGAUUGUGGGUGUGUGUGUGGAAUGUGUUUUGCAUGUGGAUUUUUUGUGUGUUUGUGCUUGUGGACUGUGUGGAUUUGUUUGUGAUUGUGUGUUUGUGGAUUGUGUAUUUGGAUUUUGCGUUGCGUGUUGUGUGUAUGCAUUUUGUGUGUGUGGAUUUGUUUGAUUGUAUCGUGUGCUUGUGGCUGUGGAUUGUGUUGAUCGUGUGGAUGUUGUGUGUUUUUGCGUGGACUGUGUGUGUGUGGAUUUGUUUGUGAAUGAAUGUUGUGAAUCGUGUAUUUGGAUUUGUGUGUGAGAAAGGACCAUAAUCUAUUCUUGUAAUGAUGACUGAUUGCUUGCUUGUCGUGAAAACUGCUUCUGAUGAUGAGGCAUACACAGACACACACAAACACACACAGUUCUGCUGGCUGUCAGUCUUAUCAUCACUAUGGCAACACAGCCCAAUAAGCAGUUUGUUACAUUUCCCAACCUUUAUCGAGCAAAGGCACAGAUUUUACAUUAUAAAGUCUUACAGCUUACCACCAAACAAAAAUAUAAUAAAAAGUAUAUAUACACUGAAAUUAUAAUGAUCUCUUUCCAAUUUACUCACAAAUGUACUUACCGUAAUUUCUCAUUUCUCAAAUUUUUUUUUCCUCUUCCAGCCUUGUGUGUUUAUUUCUCCGCCUCCGAAGAGGGUCCUCACGCCCGCUCAGGCUGGCGCCUGCUCGGCAGGCCCGCUCCACAGCGAGACUGAGAACCCCCCAGUGUUUGUUCUUUGCUAAUAUGAAAACGCGAGUAGAAAUGCAUGGUGAAAAAGAGGCACGAACGUUAUCCAAUUAAACAUUUCAGAAUUCAACGAAUUUCAUUUCAACAGUGCAUUAACAUAGAGCAGAAUAUUUCUUUGAUAAAUCUAAUAAAAUACAGAUAAUCCUUCAUUAUUUGACCAUGGAUAGCAGCAAUUGUUGGCUGUGUUUUAUACAUAGGUAGACGGACGAUUUGGGGGGUGCAUAUUAUACUCGAGAGCACAUCAUACAUGAGAAAUUACGGUACUCAGUGUGUGGGUGCCAUCACUUAUUCUGUUGUAUGACUGACAUCAAGUGGACAUGCAAGUUUGUUGUAACGUUUGUCAUUUAGUGGAUGAACAUUUCAUUAUUUUGCCUGUCACUCUAUGUCACUGGCAUAGAUAGCUGAACAAAAGAUACCGUAAAUUUGUAAACGAAAAAUGUGUGACAAGUAGUGAAAUUGAAUCAUUUCCCAUACACAUUGGUUAGGAAUCACUGUUCUAUAGUAACAAUCUUGCUCCGACAUCCUGCAGCUAUACGUGCUAAUUAAAGUGCCUCGUUGCCUCAAGCCUUCGCCCAGCAAGAGGGCACCGAGGCUGCUGGCAAACUUCCUGUCAGAAAUCCACCCCGUCCUCCCUCUGGGUCCACUUCUUGUCUGUCUCACUUUUAUGGCCUGAUUUAUGGACUGUUUCAAGAAAUUAUUAAACAUUAUUAUUAAAUAUUUUGAAUGUU